AUGACAACUAUGAUUUGUUUUUCGAUUAUAAUAUUAACAUUAGUAUCAUCUUUAAUAGCACAAUAUCCAUAUUUUCAUAAUCCAUCAUGGAAUUAUACAAGUCAACAAAGUUUUAUGGGACCAGUCGAGUUGUAUGUUGGUGUAAAUGUACCGAAAACCAAUCAUCCAACAGCUCCGCCCAUUGAUGCUGGUCUUCCGAUAGAUAAUAAUAAUCAUCAUCAAUAUAGAAAUAAGCUAUUUACAACUCGAACUACUUAUUUUUUUCAUCCAAUGUCGACAUCAACUAUUCAAACGAAAAGAUAUUAUCAUUAUCGACGACGAAAUCGAACUCAAACAACAUCAUCACCAACAUCAAAUUCUUUAAAUCAUCAACGUUUUGGUGUCAUUAUUAAUGUUUACGAACCAACAGACACAACAACAGCGAUUUCAUUAACAACAACACAAAUUCCAUGGUGGAAAUUAACCACCACCACCACAACAACAACAACAACAACACAAAUCCCAUGGUGGAAAUUAACUACAACAACACUAGCAACAGCACAAGCAUUCUAUGAACGUUUUCCUAAAUUGCCAUCAUAUAUUCAUAGACCACCACCACCGACAGUACCAAGAAGUUUUACAACACCGACUACUUACAUAUAUCCAUCGCCAACAACUAGAAGAGCAGCUACAACUACGAUGGCUACGACGACUACUACUACUGCUAGUACCAGUACAUUUUCUCGAUCAACAUCAACUUCGUCAAUGCCGCGUCCAUCUAUUCCAUCACCUUCAUCUUGGCUAUUUACCGUUCCAUCAUUUUCUCAAAUAAUUGAUCAAUAUCCUCGUUAUCCAACAAUUCUUCGUUGGUUCGAAGAACUUUCUCGUCAUCCUAAUAUAUCACGUUUUUUUGCCUAUGACACUGUUGGCCAUACACAUGAAAAUCGUUCAUUAGUCGUAGCAAAAAUAGGUCUUAUGCCAUUUCGAAAAAAUCGUCGUUCAGUAUGGAUUGAUGGUGGUAUUCAUGCAAGAGAAUGGAUUUCAACUGCAACUGUACUCUAUACCAUAGCACGAAUCAUCAAUGGUACAUUAGCACGUGAUGCUGAUGUUAGAAAAUUAAUUGAUAAAUAUGAUUUUUAUUUUAUGCCUGUUGUUAAUCCUGAUGGUUACGUUUAUACACAUGAUGAUGUUAAGACUGAUUGGAAUACAGACGAAGAACAAGAUCAACAAAGGAUGUGGAGAAAAAAUCGACGACCCCAUAGUGAUUGUCCAGGUGUUGAUUUAAAUCGAAAUUUUCCAUUCGCAUGGGAUAAUCGUGGAGCAUCGAAAUUUCCCUGCGAAGAAACUUAUCGUGGCCCAUAUCCUGAAUCGGAACCAGAAGUUCGAGCAAUAACAUCAUUUAUAUUAAAACGUCGACGGUAUUUUCAUGCAUUUAUAACAUUACAUGCAUUUGGCAAUCUUUGGAUGUUACCAUUUUCAUUUUCAACACGAAUUCGGCCACAUGAUUAUCAUCGGACUGAACGUUUACUUUUAGAGAUGAAUAGUCUAAGUAUGAAUACAUUCAAAAUUGGCCAAUCAUCAACUGUACUAUAUGCAGCAACGGGUACCAGCGAAGACUGGGCAAAAGCUAUAGCACAAAUUCCACAUACAUUUUCAAUUGAACUUCCACCAAGUACGGAUGCAUUCGAUAUGCGUCAAGAUGAAUUAAAUGGCUUUACAUUCUAUGCUGAUAAAGACAUUGGUACAGUAGCUGAAUCCACAUAUCGUUUAUUAGAAUUAUAUCUUAAAAAUUUAACUAAACUACAAUCUCCAUCACGAAUAACAAUAUAA